AUGAACUGUCAUUUGACCCCUUACUUUCAUCUCGCAACGCACAACAGCGAAUUCUUCCUACGCAACGGGCCCUCAUACUCCUGGUGGGCUUACCCUUAUGAACGCAACAAUGGAUUUCUUGGGCGUUUCAAGACCAACGGGCACACAGGUGGGGAGCUGGAGGCGACAAUGAUGCGUGGCUGGGUGAAGUGCCAGCUGAUCAGUGACUUGGUAAGAGCACCUCUUCCUGACGGCACUGUCUCUGAUACUAACUAG